AUGUUCCCGGCCGGUCGACAUUGCUGUGAUCCGGAAGUUGUUCGUUUGCUUGCUGUUUGCCGUGGGAUUUUUGUUCAGCCGGAAUCUGCUCAUUCGCUUGCUAUUUGCCGUAGGGUUUUGUUAACCACUUGUUAA